AUGAGCGAGAAGAAGGAAGAGGAGAAGAAAGACGACGAUCCGCGUUUCGAAUACAUCCUGCAAUAUUUGACCCUCUCGAGCAAAUUGAAACCAGAAAAAUGGGCGAAAAUGAUGAGCACCGACGAGUACAAGGACACGGUAACCAAGUUCUUCGACGAUCCGAACGAAAAAAUGCUGACGAUGCAAAUAUCGCCUGCCGGCAUCCUCGUACCUUCCCUGAGCCUGCAGACCGGCGGGAAAGUCAAAAUUUCAUACUUCAUGAGAAAAACACCGGAAAAGAUCACCCCCGGUAACUACCGGGACGUCAUUAUUCCUGGCGACAUGUCCCCAAAACCGUUGGAAGAUCUCUCUGUUUUGUUCGAAGAGGCUUACGUUCCAAUUCUUUUGAAUCCCAGAAAUCAAGUUGGCUGGCCAGCCGUUGCCUCCGAGGAUGUGGAGAAGCACCUUCACGAUUUUGGAAACUCGAUACGUCAGAUACGUGGAAAAAUGAGCGGACAAACUCUGCUGCCGAUGCCGAUUGGAAUCGAACGGAUUUUCGAUGUCGAUUUCACCUCUGAACAACCGGUGGGCGAUCGAUCAGCGUAUCGAAUGAAGAGCAAUAUUGAGGAGAUUGUAAUUAAAUGGUCGACGCAGAUAAACGAGGUGCUGAGCGAAGAUAAUUCCCGCACGGAUAAUAAUCACCCUACGCCUAAUCUCGAAGUCGAUUUUUGGCGUCAGAGACUCCGAAACCUCGAAUCCAUCUACGACCAGAUGCAGGAUCCUCGGGUCAAGAGGAUGAUUUCGCUUCUCGAAACUACGGAAAGUCCUUAUUUACCUUCUUUUACAAACCUCUUUAAAAACGUCGUCGCAGGCGUGGUCGAGGCACGUGACAUUUGUCUAUAUUUGAAGCCACUGCAACCGUACUUCGGGGAAAUCGAGAGUGCAGAAUUCAGCGAUAUCGAGCCAGUGCUCAAAAAAUUGCUGCAUUGCGUUUGCCUCGCGUGGGCCAACUCGCGAUAUUAUUGUACAACCACGCGAAUAAUAAAGCUCAUCAGUUCAAUCGCUAAUCUGAUCAUCGAGCAGGCCACCAAAUACCUCGACGUGGGUUCGCUGUUCGAAGGGGACAUAAAUGACAAUAUGAUACGCCUCGACCAAACAUUGAGCACCGGUGAAAAUUUUCGCGAGACGUUCGAAAGUUUUCGGGACAAAGUUGGCACUUAUUUCAAAGCACCAACGGAACCGAUUCUGUGGACUUUCCACCAGAAGUUGGUGUUCUCACGAUUGAUCAAGUUCGAGGAACGCUUGAAGGAAAUACAACAAUUAUUCGAAAUAGCAGAAGAUUAUUUGAAGCUCGAGAAAGUUGAGAUUUCCGGGCUCCAGGGCAGAAAAUUGUCUCAAAUGACGUCCGACAUUUACGACGAAUUCGUCAAAGCUUACAACGAAUUCAGCUCCGUACAGUACGAUAUUUUGCUACCCGAAGACGAUCACUUCACCGAAGAUCUCAACGAAUUUUUAACCAAAGUGGACGAAUGGGACCGCAGAUUGGCGACGAUAUUUAACAAAGCAUUUUCCGAGUGUUACAACAUCGACGAAGUAUUUCGACUGACACUGAUCAUGGGCACGAUCGGUCUGCGACCAACGAUCCUCGAACUGCUUUACGACAAUUACGAUUCGUUUAUGACGAUGUUGCACGAAUAUAUGGACGAUGUAAAACUCAUAUUCGAUAAAAGAAUGAAAAGUUGGAGAAACGAAGGGACCAUUAACAUCGACGUCCACUUUCCCCCGGUCGCUGGUGCUCUCUGUUUUCUCAUAAAACUCAAAGUUCGCAUCGAUUACCCGAUGGACUCGCUCAAAUUGAUAGACCAUCCGGUAUUGAACAGCGAGAGAGCGGACAUACUUUACGAAAAGUACGAAGAGUUGCAGAAUCUGUUGAAAAAUACGGAAGAAGAAAUAUUCAAGGAGUGGGCAGAAAAGGUGCCGGAAAUAUGUUCGAGCAACCUGGCGAAAACUCUUCUCGUGGUCAACGAGGAUCGUACCUUGGCGUUAAACUUUGAUCGAGAGCUGUCAACUUUGUUGCAAGAAAUCCGUUACAUGAUAAUACUCAACAGAACGGACUUGCCUCAAGAAGCGGAGGAUCUUUUCGCGAGAACGCCUUUUUUCUUCGAGAGCGUAUACAAUCUUAAUCUCAUAAUAAAUUGGUACAAUAGAAUUCGAGAGCACAGUUCACCCGUCGAAAUGGAAUUAGUGAAAGAGGAAAUUGAAACUAUCGACCAAAUAAUUGAUAAUGGGCAAGAAAAUUACGACUGGAAUUCACCAGAGGUACCGGAAUACAUAGAGACCCUUUUGGAUCUCGUGAAGAAGUUACAUCUACGAAUAUUCAGAGCUCAAGAGAAUAUCGAUAAAAUGCUGAAAACGAUGUACGAGUGGGCGAUGAUUCCCGUUCUCGAACGUAAAGAUUUGCGGGAUGAGAAUUUAUUGGCUAUCGGGGAACGGGAAGAGAGAUUCGCCAAGAGAUACGACGAGAUCAAACGAACUGCCGAUGAGAUUGCGCGAAUUCUCGAUGAGAAUUAUAAACUCUUUUUCGAUCUACUGCCUCAGUCAGAAUAUGCGAAAGACGAAUUCGAGCUCGAAGAAGAGCGAGAGGAAAAACCGAAAGAAAAUCCUACGGAAGGAGCAGCAGAAGGUGAAGCACCGGAGGGCGAGGAAGCCAAGUAG